CCCAUUUAUUUUAUUAUUGUAAAUGGCGUCUGAUCGGUGAAUUGUGUUCCGAGAUGUUAUGCGAAUAUUUUUUGUGAAUUGUGUUAUUGGAGAAAUGUGUUUGACUCGUGCGUUCGUGUGUGAAGUGUGGUGCAUCCGAAUUUGAGGAAUUUCAGUGUUAGUGCUCAACCAACUUCUACUUACCCUCUUUUCUGGAUUUGUUUAUUCAUGAUUUCUUCAGAGAACGUGCUUCUUUUUUCAUCAUGAGCUCCUCGUGCAGUCCUGCAGAUCAGCUGCAGGCCGCUGCUCAGGAUGGGCGAAAAAGUGAGCUGAGCAUCGCCUCGGCACGGGCAUCGGUGAUGCUCUACGAUGACGUCAGCAAGAAAUGGAUUCCUAGUGGUACGUCAUCCGGCGUCAGCAAAGUUCACAUUUUCCAGCACCAGGUCAACAACACGUUCCGUGUUGUUGGAAGGAAACUCAAAGAUCACGAGGUGGUGAUUAAUUGUGUCAUUUUGAAAAGUUUGAAGUACAACCAAGCUACAGCAACAUUCCACCAAUGGCGGGACAACAAACAAGUCUAUGGCUUAAAUUUUAGUAACAAAGAAGAUGCAGAUGCAUUUGCCAGGGCGAUGAUGUACGCUGUAGAAGUAUUAGGAAGUGCAAGUAAUAGGCCCGCACGAGUAGACCCUGGACCUCCUCCAACAUAUGAACAGGCAGUUAGUCAAUACGAUGAAGAUAUGGGAUAUAGUCACAAUCCAGUAGUAGGUCACCGAAUGUACCAUCAAGUUUCACCCGGCGGCCCACCUAGGAUAGAUGUUAGUCCCAACUCAAGAACCAUGACGCGAGAGGAUGUAGCAAUUAUACAGGAAAGGCGGGUGUCAUCACAGUCUCAAAUCAGUAGUCCGAGCACAGCAUCCUCUCCCGGUGGCCUAAACAAUGUCGGUGUAUCUGGGACUCAAGCCUCUCCAGUGCCCCCGCAAGUGCCAGGGCACCAUCGCACAUCAUCCGCACCUCCAGCUCCCCAACCACCACCAAUGUCGUUAGCAACCCCUUCAGUUGCACCUGUAGCACCCCCUUGCCCUCCCCCCUGUCCGCCUCUUCCUCCUCAACCAAUAUCAACGAGCGUUGAACCCGAAGCUUCAAUGUCGCGGUCUAAUUCCAGUGAUAACCAAGACCCGGGAUCCCUUGCUGCUCAGCUGCAGUCAGCCAGGCUGCGAAGAGCUAACAAGCAAUCUGCUGAGAAUAGUGGAUCAUCAACGAGCAGUAAUGGUAGCGCUGGAAAUUAUGGAACUUUGAGAGGUACCACCGGAAUGGCAUCAAUGUUAGAUGAAAUGACUCGCACAUUGGCAAGGCGAAGAGCUGCUGUUGAGAAAACACAAACGGACGUAGUCCAGGAUGGUGAUGGUGUGUCAGGUGAUGCAAAAAAAUCUUGGAACAGUCCUAACAGUAAAAGCGGUUGUGAAAGUCCUAAGCCUGUCAGAAAGCAGUUGGCAAAUUCUUCUGAAGAGCUUGUUGGGUGCGGUAAAGUGAAUGGCAGUGUAUCCGAGCUAGAAUCACUCAAACAAGAAAUACUGAAAGAAAUGAAGAAAGAGAUUAGUAGAAUGAAACAGGAUAUUAUUGACGCUAUCAAAAUUGAACUGAACCGCAGGUAAAUACCUCAUUGAUGACAGGUUUGGAGUUCUUCAUAAUACAGAAACAUAUUGUUUCUUUCAUCGUAUCAAGCCAAACGAGGGGAUCAGAUUAGCAGAAGAAAAAUGACAUACCCUGACCAUGUAAUCUAUUACAUAUUGCUCACGUUCCAAUGUUUCGAUGUAACCUCAUCCCUUUCUUCAAAUUUUUAUACUUCCUGUGACUCCCAUUUUCUAGCUCUAAUAUUAUGUAACUUUUCAACGUAUUUUUGUAGACCUAACAAUGUUGAAGGGAAUUUUUUCCCUCACACCCCCCUUUUGUUAUUUUUAUCAGAAUAAUAACCGCUCUCAAUAAAAUAAUUGGGAAAACAGCUAUACCUUAUGUAGAUCCAGUUACUACCGCCAGGUAGUGGCAGUUUUUGUGCCGACUGACAUAUCUUGUGCACUUUAAGCUCAAAGGGCUCUAUACUUGUGUAAGUCUUAUUUCUGUCAAAUCUUUUUAUGAGCUUCAAAAAAAGUCAAGCAUAUAGGAAGGAAAGCAGGCACAAAGUCUAUAAAUUAAGAUACUAAAAUUCCUUAUCUGAGGACUCUUAGUUGAAUGUUUUAAAUACAUUUCUCUCUGUUCUCUCGUAUAACCCAAAAUCAUACUGUGUGAAACAUUGUUUGUAUAACUUCAUUAAACCAAAGCCAUUUGAAUAAAGUUGCAAAAAAGUAUCAACCGUACUAGCCGCAACAUUUUUUGGGAAUUUUUUUAUUUUGAUCGAAGUAUCCAAAUCAAAAUCCAUACUCAUAAUCGUCAUUCUUACAAUUAUUCUUUUCUACACUUUUUAGUUUAAUAAUUUUUUUAAAUUGGAAGAACAUGGUUUUUUUAAUAUAUAUUUUUUUUUUAUUUUGGUUUUUUCUUGGCUAAGUGAAAGGUUGUGAGAAUUUUUGUAUUAAGAAAAUCCUCCAAGUGAGGUAAAGUUUGAAGUGACACACUCAGAAUAAAUAUUCUUGGUUUUAAUAGUACUUACGUCUAAUAGUCCCUCUUGGCAGAGAAUGAAUAAACCAAAAAUUUAGAAAGUUUUAGAUUUCAUUCUUUUAUCAUCAAUUAUUUCUAAUUGGUAUGGGUUGAAAAAUGUCCCAGCAACUACAUAACUACUUAAUUUUUUGUUUGAUGUUCAAGCUUAUCUUGAAGUUCCGUACUUCAGACAGAACAUGGCUGUACGAAUGAACUUUUUUCACAUCUUGGUGACUCUCGUUAGUCUUUCAUCUUAAAUUCAAAUGUAAUGGUGGAAAGGUUGCCUCAACUUUUGACAUUUGUGAUAUUGUCUUUUAUUUUAGCCCUCCAAGUAAAUUUGGAGAUUAUCAUAUCAUUUCAGAAUUUUUUCAUUUGGCGUAAAAGCUAGUUUUCCUUUGAAUACUCAAUGUAAUACUUAAACAGUUGGACUCUUACUUAAGUUAAUUUCUUGUAUACUUUUUCCCUGAGGUAUUUUUUCUUUUUUAUCUCUAACACUCUUCACUUGUCAAUUCAUUUUACCCAUAGCAUUUGACUCAAAAUGUAAAGAGACAAAAUAGAAAAAAAAAAUUGAGUACAGGCACUCAAGCAAGCUUCUCACUAUUGUAUUCUGCUCAAUUACGAAACUGAGUUUUUACUAAAAUUGUUAGAACGAAAUUUGAUCCCUAGAAAAUUCUAAUGCUGUAAAUAAUAGAAAAAAUAAUUUUGUUUCGUUUCUAGAUGAUGAAGACUGCAUUAAGUUAAUGGUUGCAUGAAUUUCUAAUAAAAGCUAUCUAAAUUGCGGGUUUCAGACAAUUAAGUUUUUGACAAUUUUAUAAUUUUGUAAAAAAAAAAAAAAAAAAAAACCUUGCACUGCUUUUCAAAUAUUUUAAGUGUAAAAGUGAUAUUUUGCGUUUUAUCUCACUGCUGCUUCACAUAAUAUUAGGAGAUUAAGACUAACUUCAGUUGGCUAGAUUUUCCUUCCAGCGUGCAAAAAAUGCCCUAUCUUUAGUUCUGUUUAUUGCAGCAAAUCUGUGAGAAAUCUCUAGCCUAUUGCAUAGUUUCAAAAGUGAUCAACUUUCCCCUCUUCUUAUGUUCAGCAUUUGGUAAAACUGGAGUAAAUUGCACUUUGUACCAUUAAAUUGGAACUUUUUGCGAGGGAAAUUGGAAAUUUUAUUUUAAGGCAGGAUAUUCUCUUUUAAGGAACGGUGGAUAUUCUGGAGCUUUUUGCACCCCUGUUUCCUCCCAUUUAUGUAAGUUCCUUUAUGGAGUUAUAUUUUUUGUCCUUAACGCCAAAUCUCUUCGACUUGUUUGAAUUUUACUUGAAACUGUGCCUCUGAAAGAAAGGUGCAGAAAGUGCACCAAUGUCUUUUAGAUGGUGAAUUAAAUUAGUACUAAAAAAAUUAAAUAACUAAAGUAGCUCCUCAAAUAUUCGAAAAUUUGAAAAUUCUAGCCAACCGAAGACUCCAAAGUAAUGUGACAAAAUUCUGGCCUCUGAUUGGUCCCAAAGCAAGUUGCCGCUGGACUGAUCGAGAAGCUUAAAAGCUAUGCAUCCAACUAUGUAGGGGAAGUUGUAGUCCCUAAGUGGGGGAAAAGAAAAGAAAUAACUUUUUUCGAUGAUUUAAAGAAGCAGAAGAGAAAAAACAAGCUCUAUGUCUUCAACUCCCAAAUUGUGUACUUCAUCAGCGGUGUUCAAAAAUCUUUGCUCCCAUUAUAUUUUUUUGAAGGAGAACAGAUCAACAUCAUUCUUUGAAGAUUUUACAGAGCCUUUUUCACACAGAGGAAAAAUCACAGAAGUUUUAAAGAAUUGACGUUGAGUAGUUUCCUAUUCAAAAAGGAAAGUAUGACAAGAAGUCUACAAUGUUGCAAACCAGGAUACAUGGUUUGGGAGUUUCACUAUUGAUAUAUCUGUCUCACUCAACAUUUCCUAUUCUGAUUCUUUUCAAGCCUUAUUCCUUAAUUUCAUCCCUUCUAUUUUGUAUGAAAGUUUGGUUAGUACGUAAUUUUGUACAAUCAUGAAGAGAAUUUCGCCAAAAUCUUAUUAUUCCAACUGAACCAGUAAUGAAUUUUAGCGAAUUAUUUUUCCUGGUUUAGAAAAAAACAUUUCAUUUUUCUCUUUUUCCUUUUGGUGGUAAGUGCUUCAUUAUUCAGCCCUCAAUGCAUUUAUACAUACCAAUAUCUUGUUGGCUGUUUCAAAUCUACCAAUGAGCUUUUUAUCAGCAAUUGCACAAAUAUUGCCUGUGCUCUUUUAAAUGUACGAUGUUAUCUAAACCGUUCAAACUGUGUAUCAACUUAUGUACAAUGUCCAUUAUAAUUUGGUACUCUCUCCCCGUUCUACCUCCUCUCAAAGUGAAACUUCGUUCACCGCUUUUCAGUUCCAUUUUUUCUGCCUCGUUUUUCUUCGUUUACGAUUAAAAUCAAAAUUUUGAUUCUCUCAUUUUAUUUUCUUAAACGUGCGUAAAUCUAAAGCUAGUAUUGAAUAGUGUAAAUAGUGUUUAAUGUUGGUUAUGCUUAUAAAAUAUAUAUCUCAUGUUUGUGAUGUUUUAUCAUGUACAUGCUUCUGUUUUUGUUGGUCUUUCAGCAGCUUCUCAUAUUGUACAAUUUACCGUGUAUAAAAUGCUGAAUUUUUCAAGAAAGCCCCCUCUGCUUUUUUCUCUCUCUUUUUUUCUCUUUUUUUUGUACAAUUAUUCGAAAUUUUCAACCAACCUUCAUACAGAAAUUGGAACUCAGAUCUCCUGACCAAAAUCCCAAGUACAGUUCCAUGCUUCCAUAAAAUGAAGCUAACUAUAAUAUGAAAAGAAGAAACCAUCCAGACUCAUAGGUUUUUGCGGUUUUGAGUCCUUAAGGUCUUAAACACUUAUUGAACUUUAAGCUAUUGAAAAUAUUUUUGAUCAGAAAUUCAAUGAAUUAUUAAAUGUAUCUAAUUGUAGUAGUUGAUCUUAAGAAACCUUAUCAUUUUGAUUGCAACAUGUAAUAAUUAGUACAGUCACAUAUGAACCUAUAGUGAAUGCCCUUGAAAUAAUGACAAGAUAUAAAUCAGGAGGGAGAGCGCUUACUAGAGACUCAACAUUACUGAGUAUAUUCACCAACGAGUUAGAGUCAUUGUGGUAAUAAUUGGAAAAAAUUAGAAAUUUUCAAUUCCUCCCUUUCUAAUUCCAAAGGUAGAGGAAACAUUUUCUUUUGAGGAGUUGAGCCUAAAGCUCAUUGGCAAGUUAAUAACAUUUAGUUAACUUUUCACAUAAAUAGGUCGGGUUCUCAUCAGUUUCAUCAUUUUUUUCCAACUCUGCUUCUUAUUUUUCGAUACUUCUAAUUUUUUGUUCAGGGGUGCAAAAAUUGCCAGAUCUCACUUUUUACAGACCGUAGCAAAUGCAAGGCAACUAUCUUUUCCCUCAUUUUUUCUUCCUCUCAUAUCGGUUUGAGAAACUGGGAAAAAUCUAACACUCCGUGCGAGGUAAAUCAAACAUUUUUGCACCCCUGUUUCCCCUACGAAAAGUUAUGAGGCUUUUAUUGCUUGCUCAGUUUCUGUAUUUUCUAGUAAAUUGUGUUCUUGUAAAUAUACCUAUUUGUAUCAUUUGCCUGUAAAUGUUCCAACUCAUAAUGUACAGAAUAUUUCCAAUUUUAUUUUGUGUAUUAUGUCGUAGUCUAGGUGAUCAGACUCAUUCUCAAUCUAAGCUAUCGUACCAUUAAAGGGUUGUUUUGUUAUACUUCCGUAAACUAGAAUUAGUGUCAUCCGUGUUCAUUUUCAAUAUUAAAUCAAUGUAGAAUUCAAAUUUUAUUUUUUCCAAAGUCAGUGAGUAAAGGACAUUGGGGAAGUAACGCACAAUUAAAGCCUUGCGCCUAGUUAAAGAUUGUUAUUUACUCUCUGAUAAUUUCAAUUUUUUCUCGAAAAUUAGUUUGAAUAAAUUCCAAAUUAUAUCCCAAAAUGAAGUUUGUGAGAUGAAAUACUAAUUUUUGUGUUAAAAACUUCUUUAACAUUCCUGUUUGUUGGUCAGAAUCCCCCCUUCUUUUCCUGGCUAAAAUAUUCAGUUUGGAAUUUGGUUGAGGUAAUUGUAAGAAAGUUGUCCAUGAUGAAGUCCUUCCUCUUCGUUCAAGAAAUUACAUUUAAUUAAAUCAAAUAUAAAUUCCAUUUGCUGCAAUCAAAGAAGACUUUCAAUUAAGGUUUUAUUUAGACUUAAGACUGUGUUUCCUCGGAUAUAUUUUUUUUUUUUUGUAUUUCCUAAUUCCUAAUUAAAACUUUGGUCCUCAUAAGAAAAUUUUCUCAUUGAAAACUAAUUUAUUUGCCAAAGAUGAUUUGUUAAAGAAUACUCUACGUAUGAACUGAACUCUGUAAGGAUUGCUGAUCUAUUAACAGAACUUGAUAAACCGCUUCUAAUAAUUUAAAACACAUUUUCCCUUUUAUCUCGCUGAACGAAGUAUCUUUCCUUCAUUCCUUUCAUUUCAUUCAAGUCAAUAAUUAGAGACAGCAGCUCAUUUCAAUGUACUGAUAUGAAAAGAACAUCAGAUUUUGUACAAUGAGCUGUGUGUGCAUUUUUCAUUUACUAUUAGGAGCUACAAAGUUUGUACUGAUGUUACAAAAAUUCUAUUGAGCCUGAUGAUCUUGAAAUUUUGAAGAAGCAGUCUAAAAAUUGCUGAAAGAGUUGAAUUUCCGCUUUCUUGAAGUUCUCAUACCUGAAGGCUCCACUUUCUUCCUCUUUUUUAGUCUUUUGUAACAAAGAGCUAGUCUUAAAUUAUAUUUUUAUUUAUGCCAAUUAUAUGUAUUUUCAAGUGCUUGUUUGUUGCGCAGGUUUGCAAAGCUUUUUAAAUUUUACUGCUGGGUGUCAGAAUGAAUGCUAAAACCCCAAGAAUGCACGCUUUUUCCCUGGAAUUAAAUCCCUUCACUGCAGGGGCGCAUUCGCGAAAGAUGGUGUCCCUGGAACAUCUCGGAAGUUGUCGUUUAGUUCAAAUUUUUUAGCCAAUUAUUAUUUCGCUUUACCUAGUUGUAAGAUCAUUGUCCCAUUUUCACUGUCUGUAAGUUGAGUUCCAAAAGAAAGUAGUCCAUUAUACUGACGUGCCUUGUAGAAGCAAUAUUUCUCUUAAAAAAGGAAAAAUGAGCACAUCAUGAAAGGGAGUCUUUACUUAGAGAGCUUUUAGAUGGAGCACAUUUUACUUUCUUGCUCCUCUAGGGUAGAAGAAGUAUUUUUUCCUCUGUAGUAUGACUUCAAGCAGUCUCAAGUAAAACAGUAAAGAACUCAAGACGCUCCAGCUGAGAAUGAAUUGUGUAAGGAGUAGUAUGAAGACUCUUCAGUUUAAUGGCGGAUACAUCUUUUGGAUAGUUCAACACUCAACUGUGAAUCCGUUGACUGAUGACACUCAGUUUUCUGUUCGAAAACUACAACGGAUCCUGAUCUCAUGUCAUUCCUGGUCUAAAUUUGUACUGAUUAUUUGAGGCCCCUAUUUUAUCGUCUUGAUUUAUGUUCUACCCAUUCUAGCCUUAAGGCAACAUAUUAAUUGUUACUAUCCUCAUGAUUUAUCAUCGUAAAUUAUCGUAAUCAUGAAAUAUUAACACUAGUAUUAUUACUUCUCUUACAUUUAUUAAUCUUUACUCUUCCUUUACAUUUUUAGACUUUUAAAACACUUUUUCUAAAUUAUACUGCAUUACUCAUAUUUAUGACCUCACAUAUCCGCAUUUAAUCCAGUCGGAGGUGUAGUCUGUAUUUUUAAGACAAAUUUAACAUUUUUUUGCUUUGUAUUGCCUGAUCUCUCCGGGGAAAAAAUUGGUUGAUGGAAAGUUCUUUUUUACCAAUGACUCCAUCCUUUCCAGAUCUGUCAUUUUUUUUCCCCCCCAAAAAUCAUUCUUCAAAGUAGAAUCUGACAAUGGGCUCCUAGAGAAGGUAUGAAUUGAAGCACCUUGCAACUCAACUCCUCGUCAAAAUUUCACAAGAUAGUCAAAGAACGUAACAGGAAGUCUGCAAAUCAACUUCUGAUCAAGAUGUAAGUGUAUAAUUGACAUUGGUCCUUUGACCAGUUAACUCAACGUCGUGAGAAGCAUCGUCAACGUAAGAUCCUGAAGAGAGAGCAUGCAAUGUUUUUUUCUUGUUCAGACCUUGGCUGGUGGCCCACUGGAGCAAUUACUAAUUUACCUUUUCUUGGCUACUUUGAUUUUAAAUUGCAAAGAUGGUUUUUCCCCUGACUCACCAUUCUCAUUCUGACUGACUCUUACUAUAACAUAUGCAAUAUUAACCCAAGAACUGAUAAAUUUUAUCAUACUAAGUGUGGGCUGUGUUUGGAAGAUGUACCCUUUUUAUAAUUUUAAGUUGUAAGAAACACAGUAGAAUGUUUCUCUGAAAGUAUAGAUUUUCUUUUAUCACGCCAUGAAUACAUAAAGAAAUCUUCUCCGUUUUGAAAACUUGUAACAAAUCCAUGUUUGAAAAACCUUUGUCAUUAGUAUUUACAUUCAUACAUAUACAAUUUUGCUCCAGCUGCCAAGAGACUUGUUAAAAUCGUCAUUAAUCACAUCUUAAAGGCUUUUUUAUUCAAAUGGUUAUCGAAAAUAUUGAAAUGCAGAUGUUUGUGAGUCUCGUCAAGUAGAACAAUUCUAAGCUGUGCAACCACAAUGUAUUCCAACCUCAAGGCUAUCCUGCAUUUAAAUGUCAAAAGCCACUUUUGAACAAAUCAAGUAACUUCCACGGAGAAGGCUGCAUUUAUCAGUUCUCAUGUUGUUAUUAUAAUUUUUUAUUUUAUUUUAUUUUUUUUGUGAAUUGAAUUCUUGAGACUUCCACUAAUGUUAAAGUUAUUGUGGUUAAGAUGAUCAUUAAUAUUUUAAUCAUCAUAUUUAUACGUAUCUUGUAUGUAUAAACUAUCAGUCUUCAAAAUAUUAAAUUAGAUAGGUUUGUAAAAAUUCCUUUUGUAAUGCCAUAACAUCAAACUGUGCAACAAUCUGUUUUGGAUAGAAGUAUUUAUUAAAUAUAAAUAGUACUUGAAAACGAAA